GCCAAAUUGUCUUUCUACCAUUUUCCGACAUCUCUGCCACUGUUAUAGCCAAACAGUUUUUUUUUUAUUUUAACAAUAUAAGUUGAGUUAUCAUUUAGUUCACUCCCGAAUAUUUUAAUAAUUUUUACAUAUCGUUCGGUUCGCUGUUCUGUUCCGUUAUUCCGGACGUUCGUUGUUUUGUUUUCGUCGUUGUUGUUGCUGUUGCGGCUUUGCAAUGCAGUGUUUUGUUUUAUAAUAACCCAUGCGAGUUUAUAAAUAAUAGAUAAUGAUAAAUAAUAAAAGUAUUGCGUAAAUCCAUAACAAUCGCCUAGUGUGUGUUAUCUGAUAGAUAUAAUAAAUGCCCUCACGCACCCCAAUAAUUUUUUCCAACAGCUGUUGGGCAGCUUGGUUUACUGUUUAGUCUUCCCCUCCCCCCUCCAAAGAACACGUGAAUAGUAUCAUAGCCAAUACAAAUUAAGAACAAAUUAAAAAAUAUUAAAUAAACACACACGUAUAACUUACAUUGGAAACACAAAAGUUAAAUAAACUCAUUAUGGAACUUAGGCAGAACGAAGAGUCUCAUCAGUUGUAUCCUAAAGGUACAAAGGGCUUGAUAGUCGGCAAUGAUCGUCACCAACAACAAGGUGUUGAUAUACUUACCAACAACAAUAGCGACAGAACUAAAAGUUAUGAGAUGCAUACCAAAGAAUUGCAAGCUUUCUAAAUUUCUCUCAAACGCAUUAAAUUGCACUUACUCGUGUACCAAUGUAUGUACAUGUAAACCAGGCUGGGGCAAACUUUUAACACUGGUUGGUUUUGCAGCAACAUUUGGCUCAGCUGUUCCGGUUGGCUACUGUAUAGGUGUUGUAAAUAGUCCUGCCGAUUAUGUCAAAGCAUGGUGUAAAAAGAGUCUGCUUGAGCGUUAUGAUUCCAAUAUAACCGAGUCUGGAUUAGAUAUGCUAUGGGCUUCCAUUGUUUCGGUAUUUCUGGUAGGUGGAGCAGUUGGUUCAUUGGGAGGUGCUGGGGCAGCUAAUAAAUUUGGAAGAAAAGGAUGUUUUCUUAUCAGCGGUCUGCUGUUUGCCGUAGGAGCUAUAAUGUUCUUCUUCUGUCGCAUGGCAAAUUCUGUGGAAAUGUUAAUUUUAGGACGCCUGCUAGUGGGCUUAGCCUCUGGCUUGACGACCGCCUCAGUGCCUAUGUAUCUAACGGAAAUUGCACCCUUUGCCUUGCGUGGAACUUUUGGCGUCUUCUGUGCUGUGGGAGUUACGGGCGGUGUGGUUGUGGGUCAAGUUUUCAGUUUACGCGAUAUCUUUGGCACUGAUGAGCUAUGGCACUAUGCCUUCAGUUUCUAUAUAGUUUUGGUUAUCAUCUGCUACUUGCCUUCUUACAUAUAUCCAGAAAGUCCAAAAUAUUUGUAUAUAGUCAAAAAUGAUAGGGAAAGUGCCAGGCGUGAGUUGUCUCGCCUUAGGGGUGCCGAUGCUGAGGAUAUCAUCAAUCAGGAGAUAGAAGAAAUGGAAAUUGAAUCUAAUGCAAAAGUACAAACCAGAACGCUAGGUUCUGUAUUGAAAGAUCCCACUUUGUUAUUGCCAUUGAUAAUUGUGUGUUCGUUCCAUGGUGGUCAGCAGCUGGCGGGUAUCAAUGCGAUUUUCUAUUAUUCUGUAUCGAUUUUCGAGAAAGCUGGACUUUCCAAAGUCAAUGCUGAAUGGGCUAAUCUGGGUGCUGGCUGCCUUAAUUUGGCCACUUCUUUUUUGGCUCCUGUGCUAAUGGCUAAAGUAAAUCGCCGACCUCUAAUGAUGUUCUCCACCAUAUUGUGUGCCAGCUUUCUAUUCUCAAUUGCCUUUGUUCUAUAUUACAUUGACAAAGCCAGUUGGCUGCCUAUUGCUUGUAUUGUCUGCAUUAUGGGCUAUAUAUUUUUCUAUCAACUUGGUUUGGGGCCCAUACCAUACUUUAUUGGCACAGAACUUUUCGAAGUGGCCCCUCGUUCCGCUGCCAUGUCCAUGGGAAGUUUGGCUUCUUGGACAUGUAAUUUCAUAAUAGGCAUGGCUUUCCCCCCACUGUCCAAUGUCUGGGGCGCAUGGGUCUUCUUGCCAUUCUCCAUUACCUGUGUGCUACUAUUCCUGCUAACGAAAUUCUAUUUGCCCGAAACUCGUGGCCGAGAUCCGUCCGAAGUAGCACCUUUGGUAUCCAAAGGUUUUCGCUCAAAGGUCAACUAAGGUUAACAAUCACAAUCAAACAAAGAAAAUUAAAAAAAAAACAAAAAAUUGUGUUCAUUGGCAAUAAUGAUAAUAAGAAAAUCAAAAUCCUAAACGAUUCGGUAUAUACCAAAUUAGACAAAAUACGUGUAAAUUAACUAAGGAGAUGUUUUUACACCUUUCUACUUCUUUUUUUUAUAAAACAAUCAAUUAAAACGCAUAAAUGACAUAACGUUCAGGGUUUGCAAGGUGACUAAACCACAUUGUGAUAAGCGUUAUGUUUUACUUAAAAAAAUAUCAAAAAAAAAACACUUUGAGAAACUUAAGAAUUACAAUUUGUAAUAGAAAUAAGAACAAACUGCUAAAGGCUAAACUUAUUAAGAUAUGCUGGUAUUAGUUUAAUAUUUUUAUUUAUAUAAACUAUAAUUACAAUUAAAGUUUUUUACAACAAACUAAAUAAAGAUUUAUAACUAUUUUUCGAACAUA